AGAAAAGCCGCACAAGAGAAAGAAAGCAAGAGAGGGAGAAGAUUCUGGCCACAGGGAGAACUUCUGGUGCGCUGGCCUUCUUGUGCGACUCAUAUCUCGAGUUCUGCUCAUCCAAAAGAGGCGUGUGAGGUGCCCACUGAAACCUCUAGAAAAGAGGAAUCCACAGGCGUGUGGUUUGAAGAAAACGGAGCAGCUUAAGGCUUCCAAAUCGUCCAAACGAAACGCGACCUCGCAGAAUACGAUUUUGUAUUCAAAGUUAGGAAACGUUUUCGCCGGAAAACACUCAUUCUAGGAGCUGUUUUUGUAUCAUUGGAUAAGUGUUGAACUAGCACCUUGAGGAGGCUGUCUAAACAUUAAUUCUAAGCAAGGAAUCAGUUCUCAAACUUCCUUGGACGAAGCUUUGAGCAUUGGAUUAAAAGGGAAAGAUUUAAAGCUCAUUUAAGAAAAGAUGAAUUUCGCCAAAAACAACAUGAAAACAUGGUAGCCAUGUUAGAAAAAGGUGAAAUUACGACCGGGAGAGGAUUGAAUCAAGAAAGUACUUUAGCACGACCGGGAGCUACUCGAUGGGGUUCACAUUUUACAACCAUUAUUCGUAUUCUAUCUUUGUGGUCUCCAACAAUCCAAGUGCUUGACAAUAUAUUUGAUGAUGGAAUUGAUUCGAAAUCAAGGGGCAAAGCUAGUAGUUUGGUUGAAAAAAUGGAGAGCUAUCAAUUUGUUUUUAUAGCCCACUUGAUGAAGAAGGUAUUGGGAUUGACGAAUAUGUUGUCACAUUUCUUGCAACAAAAAGAUCAGAACAUUCUUGAGGUUGUGAGCUUGAUUAAAAGCACUAAAGAGAAGUUCCAAGAUUUGAGAGAAAGUGGAUGGGAAGAGCUAUUAGAAGAUGUCAGUAAAUUUUGUGUGAAGAAUAAAAUUGACAUUCUAAACAUGGAAGAUACAACUCAUCGUUCUAGACGCGUUCGCCAUCCG